AUGCAACCCGCAAGACACCGAACGGCUCGAGAUGGAAAGUGCAAGUUCGAUCGCUCCAAGGUGGUUACCAAGGUGUCAAAAUUCGUCAAAGUGCCGGAGAAGAGUGAGGACCAAUUGAAACUCAGCCUCGCCAAAGUUGGCCCUGUUUCUGUCGCCAUCGACGCCAGCUCGUUGGGUUUCAUGUUCUAUGAGAAAGGCAUCUACCAGGACAACACCUGCUCGGAGAAUGACCUGGAUCACGGCGUGCUGGUGGUUGGUUACGAUGCUGACAAGACUCGACAGAAGUAUUGGAUAGUGAAGAAUAGUUGGGGUGAGCAAUGGGGACAAAGGGGAUACAUUUGGAUGGCCAGAGACAAGGGAAACAUGUGUGGAAUCGCUACAAUGGCUAGCUAUCCCCUCAUUUGA